UUUUUGCUGCGGUCGCCAUAUUGGUUUCGAAUAGCUUGGCGCUUCUUCUUGUUCCGCAAAAUUGUGGUUGAGAUCAAGGAAUGUAUAUUCUUAGUUGAGUUGUUAGCAGAGGAAAUUAUAAUACAUUGUGAUAAGUGUUAGUUUUUACAAAAAAUAAUGGAUCCCGCCAAGAUGAAGGUCGUGGAUCUCCGAUCCGAGCUCGGCGCUUUGGGUUUGGAUACGAAAGGCAAUAAGCCGGCUUUGGUCGAAAGACUAAAGAAGGCGCUAGAAGCUAAAAGCGGGAAAGCAAUUGCCGACACAACAAUACUAGAUACAUCAACAGAAGAUGCCGAUGAGCCCUCUACUCCCAGGCGUGCUGGCCCUGCUGCUCGAACUCGGAGACGGUCCUCGUCAACUAGAGUGGCUUCUACUCCAGCUAAGGUAGCUCGAGUGGAGACUCCAGAACCAAUUGUGGAGGAACCCAAGUCUGAAGAACCCGAACCUGAACCUCAGUGUGAACCGUCUCCAGACCCAGAACCGGAAUCAGAGCCAGAACAGCCUGCACCUGUGCCUGUACCUGCACCAGAACCUGAGCCGGAGACAGCACCAGUGCCAGAGGCUAAGCCUCAAGUUCAGGACUCUGAGAUGUACAGCAUUGAUGAUGAGAGGAGCCAGUCACCAGUGCCUCAGGUGAAAUCUGAAGAACCAAUGGAGCAGGAAGCUGAUCAGAAGCAACCAGCAGAAGAUGCAGCACAGAAGGAUGAUCAGAAAAUGGAAGAAGAUGGAGAAAAGCCACAGGGUGAAGACAAGAAGGUUGAUGGUGAAGAGAAUGAGAAGUCGCAAGAGAGACAGCGAGAGCUCACUGAGGAAGAAGAGUGGGAACAACUGAACGAGCGCCUGCAACAGAAAGAGAAGGAACGUUUAGAGCGAGAAAAGAAACAGGCAGAGGAGGACGCAAAGCGUCUCGAGGAGCUCAGUAAGGACCCGGUGAAACUGAACCGUCUGAAACGCAAGCAAGAGAAGAAGGCUCGCUGGAGCAACUUCUACAAGGCUGUUGAAGUCACCAAUGAAGUGCUUACGCCCCCUGUUGAGGAAUCUCGCCACAAGAAGAAAUCUGAAUCGAGUGAGGCCAAGGUUGUUGAACCUGAACUUAAUGACAGCAAAUUGACUUUGUCUUGGUACGAUAGCGACCUUAACCAAUACUUGGAGCUGCCUGAGCUGGUGUCGGUGGUGCCGCUGUCGGAAGGAGCGUUCGCGCACGCCUGGGCCGGCGCACGCGGCAGCCACGGCGUCUCCGGAGGCCGGGUCUGCUUCGAGGUACGCGUGGGUGACGCGGUGACAACCACGGAAACCACUGGCGACAAAGAGGUGAUCUCCAACGGACUCCGUGUGGGGUGGUCUACGGAUGACUCCUCACUGCAUCUUGGUGAGGGUGAGUUGAGCUUUGGCUACGAGAACACGGGCCGAGCUGUCAACAACGGAGAGUUUAAGGAGUACGGCAAGAGCUUCUCCGAGAAAGACGUACUUGGAGUUUAUUUGGACCUGGAGUCGACCCCGUGCAAGAUCUCAUACACGCUGAACGGCACGGAGCUGGGCACGGCGCACGAGUUCGACCGCUCGCUACUCGACGGCCGCGCGCUGUUCCCGCACGUGCUCACCAAGAACAUCUGCUACCGCGUCAACUUCGGCCACGACCGAUACAACAUGCUGACAAAGACGAAGAUAGUCCGCAAACGCCUUGAAAUACCCAUUGAGCAAGUUCUAGAAGAGAAGAGGAUUCGCGAAGAGGAGAUCCAGCGGCAGAAAGAGGAAGCUGCCAGGAAGGAGAAGGAACGAAAAGAAAAGGAAAAGAGAGAACGAGAGGAGCGACAGAGGCAGAGGAGAGAGGAGCGCGAGAGACAGGAACGCGAAAGAAAAGAGAAAGAAGCUCAAGAAAGGAAAGAAAAGGGAGAGGGAGAAAAACCAGCAGAGGCUGACAAGGAUGGCGAGGAGGAGAAGAAACAGGACGAGCCUAAGGAAAAUGGCGAUAAGCCAGAAGAAGGUGUGGAAGUGAAACAGGAGCCUAUGGAGACUGAGGCGGUACCCGAGGCCGAGCCCGCCAAGGAGGACAAACCAGCUGAAGCUGAAGCCGCCGCCAAGGAAGACGUCAAGGAGGAACCGGCACCAGAAGGCCCAGUGCCAGAGGUGACUGAGGAGCAAGUACUGAAGGGUCUUACACUCGACAAGCGGAUCAAAUUCGUCAUCAGGUUCACGGUGGAGCAGGAGCUGGACGGGCCGGAGGCGUGCCUGCUGCCCGGCUUCGUGUUCGUGGCGCACGCGCAGCUCGAGGCCGGCCCGCGCCGCCCCGCCUCCAAGGCCGACUGCGAGGUGAUCCUGAUGGUGGGCAUGCCGGGCGCGGGCAAGACGCACUGGGCGCGCGCGCACGCCGCCGCGCACCCCGCGCGCCGCUACAACGUGCUCUCCACGCAGGAACUCUUCCAGCGCAUGCAGGUGGACUGCAAACCCUUCCGAGACGCCUGCGAAGGCCGCUGGGACGCCAUGGUGUCCAAGGGCGCUAAAUGCGUGCUUAAGUUGUUGGAAUUCGCCCACGGGAGAAGGCGAAAUUACAUUUUGGAUCAGACGAACGUAUACCCGUCGGCUCAGAGGAGAAAACUGCGGGAAUUCGACGGCUACAAGCGGGUGGCGGUCGUGGUCGUGCCUGACGCGGAAACAUUCGCCGAGCGAAGCGCGAAACGCGAGCAAUCCGACGGCAAGGAAGUCCCCGAUGGCGCCAUCAUGGACAUGAAAGCUAACUUCGCGCUGCCGGAGAAAUGCUCGUGGAUCGACGAGGUCAUCUACCCGGAGCUGAACGAAGAGGAAGCGAAGAAGAUUGUGGAAGCCUUCCACAAGGAAGCGAAGGCGGCGGGAGUGGUGAAGGAGCGCGAGAAGAGGGAGCGCUCGUCGGGCCGCGACGCGCCGCCGCAGAAGCGGCCGCGCUCCGGCGACCGCCGCCACGCGCGCGACGACCGCCGCAAGGACUUCAGCCGAGACCGCGAGGACAGAUGGGGCGGCGGUGGCGGUGGUGGCGGCAACAGCCGCUGGGGGCCGUCCAACCGCGGCGGCGGCGGCGGCGGCGGCGGCGGCGGCGGGCGCUGGGGCGGGCCGCGGGACCGGCCCGGCCCGCCGCAAGGGCGCUUCGACAGGCCGUGGGGAGGACGCGACAACGGUGGCCCACCCUUCAACCGCGACCGCGACGGUUUCCGCGGCGGCCGCGGAGGUCCGGGAGGCCCGGGAGGCCCGGGAGGCCCUGGAGGCCCGGGAGGCCCGGGGGGCCCGCCCAUGCGCAACGAGCGCGGCCCGCGGCAGGACCAGCGCUUCGGCGGCCGCCCCGACAACCGCGGCGGCCGGCCCAUGGACAACAAGCGGCCGGGCGGCCCGCCGGGACCGGGAGCGCAAGGCGGCGGUGGCGGUGGCGGCGGCGGCGGCGCGGGGUCGUGGCAGCGCGGCGGGCAGGCGGGCGGGCGCGGCGCGCACAUGGCGGGCGGCCGCGGCAACGCGCCCGGCGGACAGCUGCAGCGCCAGGGGCCGCAGGGCAAGGUACUGCAGGGUGUGGCGGCGGCGGGGCGGGGGCGUGGCAGCGCGGCGGGCAGGCGGGCGGGCGCGGCGCGCACAUGGCGGGCGGCCGCGGCAACGCGCCCGGCGGACAGCUGCAGCGCCAGGGGCCGCAGGGCAAGGUACUGCAGGGUGUGGCGGCGGCGGGGCGGGGGCGUGGCAGCGCGGCGGGCAGGCGGGCGGGCGCGGCGCGCACAUGGCGGGCGGCCGCGGCAACGCGCCCGGCGGACAGCUGCAGCGCCAGGGGCCGCAGGGCAAGGUACUGCAGGGUGUGGCGGCGGCGGGGCGGGGGCGUGGCAGCGCGGCGGGCAGGCGGGCGGGCGCGGCGCGCACAUGGCGGGCGGCCGCGGCAACGCGCCCGGCGGACAGCUGCAGCGCCAGGGGCCGCAGGGCAAGGUACUGCAGGGUGUGGCGGCGGCGGGGCGGGGGCGUGGCAGCGCGGCGGGGUGUGGCGGCGGCGGGGCGGGGGCGUGGCAGCGCGGCGGGCAGGCGGGCGGGCGCGGCGCGCACAUGGCGGGCGGCCGCGGCAACGCGCCCGGCGGACAGCUGCAGCGCCAGGGGCCGCAGGGCAAGGUACUGCAGGGUGUGGCGGCGGCGGGGCGGGGGCGUGGCAGCGCGGCGGGCAGGCGGGCGGGCGCGGCGCGCACAUGGCGGGCGGCCGCGGCAACGCGCCCGGCGGACAGCUGCAGCGCCAGGGGCCGCAGGGCAAGGUACUGCAGGGUGUGGCGGCGGCGGGGCGGGGGCGUGGCAGCGCGGCGGGCAGGCGGGCGGGCGCGGCGCGCACAUGGCGGGCGGCCGCGGCAACGCGCCCGGCGGACAGCUGCAGCGCCAGGGGCCGCAGGGCAAGGUACUGCAGGGUGUGGCGGCGGCGGGGCGGGGGCGUGGCAGCGCGGCGGGCAGGCGGGCGGGCGCGGCGCGCACAUGGCGGGCGGCCGCGGCAACGCGCCCGGCGGACAGCUGCAGCGCCAGGGGCCGCAGGGCAAGGUACUGCAGGGUGUGGCGGCGGCGGGGCGGGGGCGUGGCAGCGCGGCGGGCAGGCGGGCGGGCGCGGCGCGCACAUGGCGGGCGGCCGCGGCAACGCGCCCGGCGGACAGCUGCAGCGCCAGGGGCCGCAGGGCAAGGUACUGCAGGGUGUGGCGGCGGCGGGGCGGGGGCGUGGCAGCGCGGCGGGCAGGCGGGCGGGCGCGGCGCGCACAUGGCGGGCGGCCGCGGCAACGCGCCCGGCGGACAGCUGCAGCGCCAGGGGCCGCAGGGCAAGGUACUGCAGGGUGUGGCGGCGGCGGGGCGGGGGCGUGGCAGCGCGGCGGGCAGGCGGGCGGGCGCGGCGCGCACAUGGCGGGCGGCCGCGGCAACGCGCCCGGCGGACAGCUGCAGCGCCAGGGGCCGCAGGGCAAGGUACUGCAGGGUGUGGCGGCGGCGGGGCGGGGGCGUGGCAGCGCGGCGGGCCGGCGGGCGGGCGCGGCGCGCACAUGGCGGGCGGCCGCGGCAACGCGCCCGGCGGACAGCUGCAGCGCCAGGGGCCGCAGGGCAAGGUACUGCAGGGUGUGGCGGCGGCGGGGCGGGGGCGUGGCAGCGCGGCGGGCAGGCGGGCGGGCGCGGCGCGCACAUGGCGGGCGGCCGCGGCAACGCGCCCGGCGGACAGCUGCAGCGCCAGGGGCCGCAGGGCAAGGUACUGCAGGGUGUGGCGGCGGCGGGGCGGGGGCGUGGCAGCGCGGCGGGCAGGCGGGCGGGCGCGGCGCGCACAUGGCGGGCGGCCGCGGCAACGCGCCCGGCGGACAGCUGCAGCGCCAGGGGCCGCAGGGCAAGGUACUGCAGGGUGUGGCGGCGGCGGGGCGGGGGCGUGGCAGCGCGGCGGGCAGGCGGGCGGGCGCGGCGCGCACAUGGCGGGCGGCCGCGGCAACGCGCCCGGCGGACAGCUGCAGCGCCAGGGGCCGCAGGGCAAGGUACUGCAGGGUGUGGCGGCGGCGGGGCGGGGGCGUGGCAGCGCGGCGGGCAGGCGGGCGGGCGCGGCGCGCACAUGGCGGGCGGCCGCGGCAACGCGCCCGGCGGACAGCUGCAGCGCCAGGGGCCGCAGGGCAAGGUACUGCAGGGUGUGGCGGCGGCGGGGCGGGGGCGUGGCAGCGCGGCGGGCAGGCGGGCGGGCGCGGCGCGCACAUGGCGGGCGGCCGCGGCAACGCGCCCGGCGGACAGCUGCAGCGCCAGGGGCCGCAGGGCAAGGAUGGACAACAAGGACAGCAGCCAGGCAACCAGCAACAAGGAUGGAACCAGUGGGCCAACCAGCAAGGUUGGGGCAACUGGGGAAACUGGAACCAACAGAACCAAGCCGCAUGGGGCAACUGGCAACAGAACUGGAACAACUGGAACCAGCAGGCGGGCCAGCAGGCCGGCGCCGCCAAGGGGCAGGCGGCGGGCGCGGGCCAGCAGGCCACGCAGCAGCAGUGGCAGCAGUGGUACCAGUGGCAGCAGUGGCAGCAGCAGCAGGGCUGGCCCGGGUACCAGCAAGGGCAGCAGCAAGCUGGACAAACUGGCCAAGACCAGCAAGCGCAAUGGGCGCAGUACUAUCAGAAUUACGGCGCUAACGCGGCGGGCAACGCGGUGGCCGACAAGAAGUGAGGCCGAGCCGAGCCGAGCACGUCUAACGCCAUUAUGGACACUAUUAUAUGAACAUCUACCCUUGAUCAAUAUCAAGAUCACUCCCUAGGGCAUAGGGUAAUCCCUAUCAAGCUAACUUUGUCAUUAGAAAAAGGCAUAAAAUUCAACAUAAGUAAGUACAGCAGAUUCACCCUUAGCGCCUACAUGAUUCAAAUUUGCGCGUUUUUGUGCUGGCAAAGCUGGCUUGUCUGAGUAUACAUACUUAGGGCCGACCGACACGUCCACGCCUAGUCUGUCUAAGAUAACUCUGCAUUGACUUUGACGAAAUAAAAGUGUGCAAGUACCAGUAAACGUUAUAUUUUCGUAGGUUUGUCGUUUUUGGAGCAAUUUGUCAUUGCCCAUUCUGUGCAGAGAUAGUUUGGUCCGACUAAAGUUCUAAUGUUCGUCUAUGGUAUCGGUUUCUUUCUAUAACCUAUAGUUUGGCAAACAAGUUUUAUUACUAACAGUAAAAAAAAAACUACUCAAUCCUCUUUUUUAGGUUAUAAAUGUGAAGCAGAGAGAGAAAUCAUACUAUAUUUUUCUUAUGCUAUGAUAUUAACAUUUAUAACCCAAAAAAGAGGAUUACUGAUGAAAGACUUGCCAAACUAAAGUUUUCAAUGGCAAUAGUCCAUAGACCGAUUUAAUUUUAAGAUCCAAGUGUGUCAGCCCUUAUGUAGUAAACAACAUUCUAAUCAUCAUCAUCAUAUCAGCCUUUUAUCGCCCACUGCUGAGCGUAGGCCUCUCUUCCAGUACGCCACUUAUCCCGGUCCCGAGCCAAUCUCAUCCAGAAGUGAGUGAACAUUCUAAUAUAUCUCAUAAAGCAACUUCUGAUAAAAGCCAUUUGAGAUUCGAAGUUCUCCAAUUAGGUUGAUACAUUUUAUGUUCGUUGUCUCUGGGUAUAAUUUUAUUAUAUAACCUGAAAAAAAGUAAGUUUUUAAUAUCGACAAAACUUAUUUGGUAAAUCAAAAUUAACGUUUUUAAAUGUGACCUUAAAUUUUAUUAUGACAAUGGUCUGCAAGAAAAAGUAAUCCAAGUAAUUUGAUAUUUAAUCACAUAUAUAGCAUUACUUAUUUAUGUUAAAGAUUUUUAUUUUUUGAAGCAAUAUGCGAGUGGUUCACUGUUUUAUGUGCACCAGCGUGCCUAUCAGUUGUUUGCACGGUUUUUUACUAUAUGUUUGUCAAUAAACUUAAGCAAAAUGUAGUAACUAAUAACUAAAGAAUUUUCAUUGAUAUUAAGUUCUUAAAGUGCCCACUUGUUUUUUUUUUGUAAAAUGUAUGGCCAAGUGAAGCAGUAAAAUUCACAUACUUACUGUAUUUUUCCUUAGCUUAGGGUAUAUUUUGUGAAACAACGAUUAGAAACUAUGUUCGUUGGGAUUUAGAACAUGUUAGAAAAGGUUUUGCAUUAAAUGUCAACAAGAAAUGUAGAUUAUAUGGGAAUGUGGUAUGGUAAAACAAAAAUAGUCGGGUGUUUAAUGCACUAUAAGUACGAUUCCCAUCGAACGGGCGGAGUCGGCGCGCAUUUAACGUUAGUACGGGCGGAAGCCGGUCGGCUGCGGACGGACGACAUUGAAAUAUGAAAGCUCCGGCGCGGCCCGACUCCAGCCGGUCGGUAGGAAUCUUACAAUACACUACAUGGCGUUAAAUAACGUCCCAAGUACUAUAUUUGAUAGGAUAACACUUCAUUAGUAUCUGUUAAUUUAGAUAGGAACUUGAAAACAAUAGAAAUAGUAUUUUUAUAGACAAUCGUAUGCAAUACGCAAGUUUUAAUAUACCUAUGUAUUUAGAUUUACCAUGAAAGCACUUUCGGGUGAAAUUUAGAAAUAGAACACAUGUUUUUGUCAUAGUGACCAAAGGAAAAUAUUAUGAUUUAUUAUCAGAGUUGACACGUGUAAACUUUGCAAUUUUACUGAAUUAUGUAUUUUUAUAAGAUAAUGACACUAAAAUAAAGCGCUAUGCAUUUUAUAUGUUAUGGCGCCAACAUUCUGCCGUAUGUCGCACCAUUUGACCUUAAGUUUAAAUUUACUCAUAAAUUUGCAAUGUAUAAUUAAGGCAUUUUGACUAGUUGCGAUAAGUAACAGUGUAUGAAUGUGUGUGUGAUUGUAUGUGAGUUUGCAAGCUUUGAGUUUUGGUGUACAAACGAUUUUAAUCUUAAGUGCUGGGUGUUUAUUUGGAUGUCAUCAUACUGAUGUAAAUGAUUUUAACAAUAAAUAUUUGAAUAAGG